AGCGGCAACACGCCAUAAAGUAGACGUGUAAACUAAUGAAUUCGAUUGAGUAUGCAAAGUUGAGUAACGAAAUGAGGAAAAUCAACCCCAGUUGUUGCUAAAUCAGCAGAUAUCUCGUCUUCCCUUACUAACAAAAGACUCCAAAGGAAUAAGGGCGAUGGAUAACGACGUCUUGACAACCCUGAAAAUAUUAAUCGUCGGUGAAAGUGGCGUUGGAAAGUCAAGUCUUCUACUGCGUUUUACUGAUGAUACAUUUGAUCCAGAUAUUGGGGCAACGAUAGGUGUUGAUUUUAAAGUCAAGACAAUUAGUGUGGAAGGAAACAGAGCAAAAUUGGCCAUAUGGGACACAGCAGGCCAAGAAAGAUUCAGAACACUAACACCAAGCUAUUAUAGAGGAGCACAAGGUGUUAUCUUAGUGUAUGACACAUGUAAUAGAGAUACAUUUGACAAACUUGAAGAAUGGCUGAAUGAAGUAGAAACGUACUCAAGCAAAAAGGAUAUAAUAAAGAUGCUUGUUGGAAAUAAAAUUGAUAAGGAUAAUCGUGAAGUUGAACGAAUCCAAGGUUUACAAUUUGCAAGAAAAUACUCCAUGCUUUUCAUUGAAGCAAGUGCAAGAACAAAAGAGGGAGUGCAACUUGCUUUUGAGGAACUUGUUGAAAAGAUCAUUCAAACCCCAGGAUUAUGGGAGAAUGACAGCAAAAGCAGUGGUGGACUUAGCUUAUCUGCUGGUGCUCAGACUGUGAGAGGCUGCGGUGGUUAUUGUAAUAUUUGAACAUGACUGAAAGAACUGUUUAAACAAUUUAGAACUAUGGUAGUGUUAAUAGCCCACUUUUCGGUACGAGGCUACGUGCUAAAUGCUCAGUCAUUCGUGACAGGCGGUAAGAAUUAAUUCAAUUUAGCACGUAGCCUCAUACUGAAACCUUUGUGCGUGACAAUCGAAGCAUAUCUCGGAAGUGGGCUAUUAUUACAGUAUAUAUGUAUAACUGAAUUUGUUAAUAGCAACGACUUCUAUUGUUGUAUGGCUUUACACAGAGUUCCAACUGCUUAAUAUUUGCGGGUUAUUCUAAGUUGCUCAUCCACCCUGGGGAAAAAACCCUUUGGACCCGGGGGGACUCGUGCACAAUAGGGAGGGAAUGCUCCAUCUGAAAAUCAUCCUUGGGAAUCCAAGUGUCACGAGGAGUGUUACGAAAUAUAACUUGUCGUAAAACAUAUCCGCUCAGAUUUCCAAACUAAGCUAAUCUUUCUCUUGCACAAGGUAGUUUUACUUUUUGUGGAGCUUUCUUGUCAAGAACGUUUUAAUUCGAAGCUGAGGCCAGUAUGUUACACGAUGAAAUUUGUCGUGAACCUUUUCUCGCGAUUCGUUUUCCACAAGAAAAUUUCACCGUCUGACACUGGGCGUUUUCCUAGAGAACCAAACACUAGUUCCAUCAAGCUAUGAACUGAAUCAGCUAUUCAUUGAAACUUUAUACACGUAACAGUCGUUAAAUUCAGCUUGUAUACACAUAUCUCAAUAAACGUUGGAGGGGGUAGGCUAAGAGCGACAGGAGAUAUGUCAUUCCAAGAUCCAAGAAUAGCUGGAAUGACUUGUGUUUCUGCUUCUUAUUCUCGUCAAGAACAUGGACCUUAGUGUUGAGACUGAUUCUAUGUUCUUUGUAUUCAACGAAACCGUUUCCAUGUCGGAAUGACUUAUCGCCUUUAGCGAUGAUAACGUUUAUUGAAAUAGGUGUAUAACAAACAAAUAUUCUCUCGCGUGGGGUGUACUCACAUCUAUAUAAGGGAUUAGAAAAUAUUUGAAAAUUAAAUGCGCGCGCUGAUUGGCUGGUACCGUGUUUAUACGAGAGAACUGAGAGACGCUCGCGCAAAGCCUUUUAAAAAUACUUUUUAAAAGAAAUAUGAACGGCUGCUAAUGUCUCUGUACUGUGAUAUAAACACUCUAGGAGCUGUAGAGGACUUGAGAAGAAAGAGAAACACUCUCAUGCUCUACAGCCCACGGCGUGUUUAUGUCGCAGCACAGCGACAUGCGCGCACGUUUUAUGUUCCUUAAAUAAAUUUUGAAUUAUUAAUAGAGCAAACGUUUUGUUUAAGAGUUAACUUUCAUGCAAGUAGGGGUAAUUCAUUUGGUUUUGGUGUCUGAUGAAAGAAAACCGAAGACUGGUUCCUAGAACUGAGAUAACCCUUCCUUCACGGUCUCUAAGCAUAACAUCCUUUUUCCGAGGAGGAAAAUUCCGAGGACUUCCAAAUAUGGAUGAGGCCGUAGGCCGAGUCCAAUUUGGCAGUCAGAGGAAUUUUUCGAGCCUAAUUAUUUCUUGAUUGGGGAGCAUGAAGUCCCAUUACCUAUUAAUUAUAUAGCUGCCUAAUUAAUCCCAUAUCAACAAGACCUGUCCAAUUAAGAAAAUAAUUGGACAGUUACCUAUAUGGGAUUAAUUAGAAACUGUAUAAUUAUUAUAAUUAUCUCGUGGUGGAAGAAAGUCACCCUAGUCCGUGAAAGACUCCUUCAAUUUGCUUGCUCCAAUCAAGUUUGUGAUUCAGGAGGUGGACUAAAUCAUCUUUAAUGGUUUAUCAUUCUAGUCGCCUUCUCUUUUUUUCCUUUUUUUCUUUUGAAAUGUUAAAAACAAAUGAAAAUUUUUUUAAAGUAAAAGCACUUCGACCGAA